CGCGCACUGCCUGCCGGGAAUUGUAGUUUCGGUGAGGCGGGCCCGGCUAGUCCAGUGGCCGCGCUCCGGUGUCGCGGCCCCAGAAGGCCGAGGCGGAAGUGGAACGGCCACCCCGGAUGGCUUAAUGAUCCCCGAGGAUGGAGUGAACCAUGAGGAACUAGAGGCUGAGUUCUUGGCCUUGGUGGGGGAUCAGCCCCCAGCCCUAGAGAAGCUCAGAGGCAAAGGUCCCCUGCCCAUGGAGGCCAUUGAGAAGAUGGCCAGGUUGUGUAUGCGAGACCCAGACGAGGAGGAGGAGGAGGGGACGGACGACGAUGACGUGGAGGCCGACGACGCGCUGCUGGCGGAGCUGAACGAGGUCCUCGGGGAAGACGAGAAGGUGCUGGAGCCCCCGCCCCCUGUGGCCCAGCCGAAGCCCUCGGCCCCCCACCUGGGGCUGGAGGCCACCCUGCAGGAGCGCCUGGCCCUCUACCAGUCAGCCAUCGAAAGCGCCAGGCAAGCUGGGGACAGCGCCAAGACACGGCGCUACGACCGGGGGCUCAAGACGCUGGAAAACCUGCUGGCCUCCGUCCGGAAGGGCAAUGCCAUCGAUGAAGGGGACGCAGCUGUAAAGGGGCCCGUGACCGUUGUGGCCCUGGGGGAGCCCAGGCCCACGGCUUCUGGUGCUCGGUUCUCUCCUUCAGGCCCUUGCAGCUCCCUGGCCCAGCUGCAGAGCCGCCAGCGCGAGUACAAGCUGGCCGCCCUCCACGCCAAGCAGCAGGGAGACACAGCUGCCGCCACCAGACACUUCCGCGUGGCCAAGAGCUUCGAUGCCGUGUUGGAGGCCCUGAGCCGAGGGGAGCCCGUGGACCUGUCCCGCCUGCCCCCUCCACCUGACCAGCUGCCCCCAGACCCACCGUCACCAACACCGCCGCCCCCAGCUCCUGCCACAGCACCCACCACGCCAGAGGUUCCCCCGCCCCCGCGGACCCUCCUGGAGGCCCUGGAGCAGCGGAUGGAGCGAUACCAUGUAGCCGCAGCCCAGGCCAAGGCCAAGGGUGACCAGCGGAAGGCCCGCAUGCAUGAGCGCAUUGUCAAGCAAUACCAAGAUGCGAUCCGAGCCCACAAGGCGGGCCGAGCCGUGGACGUGGCUGAGCUGCCGGUGCCCCCAGGCUUUCCUCCCAUCCAGGGCCUGGAGGCCAGUGAGCCUGCCCAGCAGAGCCUGGUGGGGGUCCUGGAGACGGCCAUGAAGCUGGCCAGCCAGGACGAAGGCCCGGAGGACGAGGAGGAUGAGGCUCCGAGGAAGCAGCAAGACGGCUCCUCCGCCCCGGUGGCCCAGCCCAAGGCCCCGCCCCCAAAGGCCCCCCAGUCAGGAUCAGCGCCAACAGCCAAAGCAGCCCCCAAAGCCACGUCCACCAGAGCCCAGCAGCAGCUGGCCUUCCUGGAGGGCCGCAAGAAGCAACUCCUGCAGGCCGCUCUGCGCGCCAAGCAGAAGAACGACGUGGAGGGUGCCAAGAUGCACCUGCGCCAGGCCAAGGGGCUGGAGCCCAUGCUGGAGGCCUCCCGCAACGGGCUGCCCGUGGACAUCGCCAAGGUGCCGCCGGCCCCUGUCAACAAGGACGACUUUGUCCUGGUCCAGCGGCCUGGCCCAGGCCUGUCUCCGGAGGCCGCCCGGCGCUAUGGCGAGCUCACCAAGCUGAUCAGGCAGCAGCACGAGAUGUGCCUGAACCACUCGAACCAGUUCACCCACCUGGGCAACAUCGCCGAGGCCAGCAAGUUUGAGAAACUGGCAGAGGGCUGCAAGCAGAGCAUGGAGACUCUGAAGCAGGCCUUCGCCCGGGGUCUCCCAACGCCCGCCGCCCGCUUCGAGCAGAGGACAUUUAACAUCAUCAAGAUCUUUUCCGACCUAAGCAGCAGCGACAUGCUCCUCUUCAUCGUGAAGGGCAUCAACCUGCCCACGCCCCCAGGGCUGUCCCCCGGCGACCUGGACAUCUUUGUGCGGUUCGACUUCCCCUAUCCCAAUGUGGAGGAAGCUCAGAAAGACAAGACCAGCGUGGUCAGGAACACGGACUCGCCAGAAUUCAAGGAGCAGUUCAAGCUGAGCAUCAACCGCGGCCACCGCGGCUUCCGCAGGGCCAUCCAGACCAAGGGCAUCAAGUUUGAAGUGGUGCACAAGGGGGGGCUGUUCAAGACCGACCGCGUGCUGGGGACAGCCCAGCUGAAGCUGGACGCCUUGGAGACGGCCUGCGAGGUCCGGGAAAUCCUCGAGGUCCUUGAUGGUCGCCGGCCCACAGGGGGGCGGCUGGAGGUCAUGGUCCGGAUCCGGGAGCCACUGACCACUCAGCAGUUGGAGACGACAACUGAGAGGUGGCUGGUGAUCGACCCCGUGCCAGCGGCUGUGCCCACAGUCACUGGGCCUAAAGGGAGGGCACCGCCCAUUCCUGCCCCCUCGAGGGAGCCAGGGAACAGGUCGGCCCGGCCCCUGCACAGCCUCAGUGUGCUGGCCUUCGACCAGGAGCGACUGGAGCGGAAGAUCCUGGCCCUGAGGCAGGCGCGGCGGCCGGUGCCCCCCGAGGUGGCCCAGCAGUACCAGGACAUCGUGCAGCGCAGCCAGUGGCAGAGGGCACAGCUGGAGCAGGGGGGCGCCAGCCUCCGGAGGGAGUACGCGGCCCAUCUGGAGCGCCAGCUGCAGUUCUACACCGAGGCCGCCCGGCGCCUGGGCAAUGACGGCAGCAGGGACGCCGCCAAGGAGGCGCUGUACCGGCGGAACCUGGUCGAGAACGAGCUGCAGCGGCUCCGCAGGUGAGGGCCUGGCGCGUGGGCAGCCAGCCCUCGGCCCCUGCUGCUGGGAAGAGCUGACCUGGCCGCCAAGCAGACAAUCAGCGGACAGUACAUUCCGGACUCGUCCCCAUCCAGGCCCCCAGCCCAGCUGGAUGCCCCGACAGGGCCAUCGGGGACAGUGCCCCUCACCCAGGCCUGGCUGGUUGGGCCCCGGGAGAGUCCUGUUUGCACAUCCCAAGGGAGGGCGGCGGGGACCCAGCCACGAGAGCCCUGCAAGCACUUUACUUCCUGUCCCCCAGCCUCAGCCCCUCAGCCCUCCCACCACACCCCAAAGAAGCCACUAAGGCCACUGAGCCCUGCAGCCCCCGGGGGUUGCACCUGCCCAGGGCCCCAGAACCGAACGUGGAAUAAACAGCCAGGGUCACAUGG